AUGCCUUCCACCGUCAGAAGUGUCCUACGGUUCAAGAAGCUGUCAGGGAAUGCUUUAACUCCCAGUAAAGGUUCAAAACUGGCCGCCGGGUUUGACUUGAGCAGUUAUUUUAACUUUAACUACGGGAAUGAAUAUUUAAAAAGUGGCAACUUAUUUCCCUUUUUCAGUGCGUAUGAUAUAGUAAUUGCAGGCCAGGGCAAAGCUCUCAUCAAGACGGACAUACAGGUAGAGUUACCAGAAGAUUGUUAUGGCAGGGUGGCACCACGAUCUGGUCUUUCCUGGAAGAAUCACAUUGAUGUUGGAGCCGGUGUUAUUGACCGAGACUACCAGGGAAAUGUUGGCGUUGUUCUCUUCAACCACGCCAAGACUGAUUUUGAAGUAAAAAAGGGUGACCGAGUAGCUCAGCUCAUAUGUGAAAAAAUCGUGUAUCCAGAUAUAGAGGAAGUUGAGGAAUUCGUGGACACAGAACGAGGUGCUGAUGGUUUUGGAUCAACUGGAAUGAAGUAGAAAAUCCAUCCAGAAAAUUUUAUUAGAAAAAAAAUGUUUCUGUUUAUAAAUGAUUUUAUAUAUAUUUUGCUCACAUAUAUUUUACAAAAUGAUUGGUGUCUAGAUUCAAUAAUAGAGUUCAAAACUUUACAAAAAGACAGAUUGUUAUACUUUUUGAAAAGGUUUUGCAAAACGACGAUAAAAUAAAAAUUUCGAAAAAAUUUUAAUUUUAGAUUUCACACAACAUGGAUGGAAAGAAAUGAUGCAUU